AUGGAUACUAUAAAAUCCAAUAAAUCCUCCUUUUCAAUAGAAAAUAUUUUAGAACAAAAAUCACUUAAAAAUCCUCCAACAAUAUAUAACUCCAAUACCCACAUACAAAUACCCUCACCUUGUCACACAACAAAAUCUUUGCCCUCUCCUGCCUUGGAUAAUGUAACCUCAUCUAAUCUAACACACACUCCCGAUUUGGAACAAUAUACAGCAUUUAAAAAUCUCACCUUAAAACCGCCUCAAGCAGCAGUUCAAAAUUCACCCUCCUCUCCUUCGUUAACUCUACAAAAUACCCUGCUAAGUCAUGCUGCCUCAACCAACUCCAAUGCUCCUGCUUUACAUUUUGAUCAUGUUUAUGAUCCUACGGCCUCGUUGUUUUAUCAACAAGUUUUAAAUUUACAAAAGAGUUCUGCCUUUUUAAUGCCCCAUUUUCAGGCGGCUGCAGCAGCCGCCGCCAUGGCUAAUGUUUCGUCGGCGGCGGCGGCUCGAGGAAACCAGUCGGUUUAUUGUGAACCAUAUAAUCAGUUUAUGGAUUGUGAAGCCUACUCCCCGAAUGCCUCGGCCGCCGCUGCCUUAUAUUGCAAUGCCGCCUAUCCCGGUUUCUAUAUGCCCGGCUUUGGUGUUAAACGCAAGGGCGGUCAGAUACGUUUCACUUCACAACAAACUAAAAAUCUCGAAAAUCGUUUUUCCUCCUCGAAAUAUCUAUCGCCCGAAGAACGUAGACAUCUCGCUUUACAGCUGAAGCUAACCGAUCGCCAAGUAAAAACCUGGUUUCAAAAUCGUCGUGCCAAAUGGAGACGUGCAAAUCAGGCCAAACGUUCUCACUAUUUACACGCUCAAUCAGCACAGCAAUCGGUGGCCAAUAAUGGCAACAAUACACAAGUGCACACGGUCAAUGGCGGUGUGAUUAAAUCAAAUCAUAUGAUCGGCUCAAAUCAUCAUCAUCCUCAUCAACAGCUGUCAAAUGAUGAGAAACAAUUUCUAUCGGAAAACGAUGAAAGUGAUGGAGGGGGUGAGAGUGAGGAUGAAGAUAUUUAUGUGCAGGACAGGCCAAGAUCGGAAUAAUCAAAGUU